AUGUCCAGGGAUGUCAAUCAGGUCAAUGGCACCGCCCUGGAGGAAGAGCGCCCAGUCAUCCAUGAGACUCUAGGACACGCCGUUCGUAUAAAACAGUCCUUCUGUCCGUCCAUAUCACAGUUCGAGCACAAACAUCGUCACACCACCAUGGCUGCCGUUAAAAUCACUUUUUACGCCAUCGGUUUCCUCCUCCUCCUGGCCCUCACCCACGCAGCACCUGCUGAUAAGCUCGCUGAAAAGGAGGACCUAGUCGCUGAGAAAGAGGACUUAGUUGCUGAAAAGGAGGAUCUCAAACCCGCAGCCUCCGCUUGGGGAGGUCAUUACGGAGGUUGGGGUGGUUACGGCGGUUACGGCGGUUACGGUGGAUACGGCGGAUACUGGGGUGGACACUACCCCUACUAUGGUUCUUAUUGGGGAUACCCUAGUUAUGGAUAUGGUUAUGGUUGGCCUUCGUACGGAUUCGGAUACCACGGUUACUGGUGGUAACGGAUUACGGUAAUCUGCUGAACAAUGAUAACGAAUUUAAUAGAAGAGGCUGGUUUCUCUACUAAAACCUAGGUACUUUACAGAAUUAGCUCAAAUGUUCUCAACGCAAAACCAACAUAUCAACAGAUGUAUGUUCUUACAAAACAACUUACACAAAAAAAACUGUUCCGCUAAUUAUGCCACAAAGUGUAAAAGGACUUGCCUUUUGUAAUAUAUGUACGUAUUAUGUAUAUGUAAAGGUUUAAAUGAUGAAUUUAAAAUAGAUAACGCGAAUUAUACUUGGUAAUUUCAGUCACGUUCAAGUUUUUCGGUUCAUAUAUGCCAUUGUUAUGGAUGAAAGGACCUACAGGUUUAUAAGUACUUAUAUGUAAUGUAUUUCGCGUGGGUUACAGUUAUGUUUUUAACGCUUUUUUGGUCACAGUCAUUUGAUAAACUAUACGGUGAAUGAAUGAAACUGAGUUGUGUAUACAAUGCACUUUAUGUUAUUUAAAUUAAAAAUAAUGUACCAGACUACAACACUAACUACCUGAUCAUUACGAGCACUAUAGAAUUUACUACAGGGCACUAUCCAGAAUACCCAUACCUAAAUCAACCGGCAGUUGAACUCGGGUUCUGCUCAUCCAACGCCAAUUGGGCAAACCGUUGGGUCACCGAGCUCGUCGAAUUGUUUAUGAUACUUUUCUUGCGUUUUAUUUUGUAUACAAUUUUACAUGAAAAAUAUGGAAAUUAUAAGGAUCUCAUUCUUUUUUCAUGUUAGUAUGUAAUAGAUAUAUACAUUUUAUGGAAUAUUUUAUUUCUAUUAAACUUGAAAAUGAUAGUUGUGUGUGUGUUUUCAACACGUGUUUGUCUCUUUUUUUAUAAAUUUCUUUA